UUUCCGGGCGCUGUUUGGUCCUUGUACGAUCUGUUACACGGUUUGUUUUUCCACAACCGCCUUUAAAACUUUGCCGAAAGAAAGAAACACAACUCCAAUCACUGGAAGUUACUUUUGCAGCUCGACAGUAUGACAACGCUCUGCGUUGUUUCUCGUUUGUAAAGACGGAACUCCGAGUUUGGGGGGGGAACAGAGAGAAAGACGCCGUGUCUCGGCCCGCCUCUGGAGUAUUGAAUGUGAAUUGAAGUCCAACUAAUGCUAACGUUUAUGACGUUACAGAUGGGCUUCACCUGAGCUGAAAUUGAGCCACACCUGGCCGUCCAUCUUCUCCAUUUGAAACCAUGGCAGAGAGUUUUUUCAAGUUGGAAGAUGAAGUCCUCCCCAGUUUCCUCUGUGAGUCUAUGGACAGCUUCAGUGGCCGUGCCACAUUGGGGAAUGUGACACUGGGCUCAGGCCCAGGUCAACCAGUGGCCGCGUCUACAGUGGCCAAAGUCAGACCCAGAUUUGAUCUAAGAGAACAUCCUGAUGAGUCAUAUCUGGAUGACAAAGAUUUGAAGCGAUCCAGCUCACAGUCAUGUGUCGGAGAACAGCCUAAAUUUGCCCUCAGCUUUAAAGAUGACAUGGAAAAAGCAGAUGACUUCCUUGCAGCUCAUCGUAUUUCAGACAUGCUGGUGAAGAUUAGUCUGGAUGAGAGUGUUCCUCAAAAUCAAGGCACCAAGAUGAGUUUACCUCACAAACAGGUGGGCUCAGUCCACUGCUGGCCCACAGAACUCGAAACCGAUCUUUCAACAGGACUUCUGACACUUCCCCAUUUUGGUCAUAAAGACAGAACCAAUGCUAAGGCGGUACCAGCUGCAGUUGGAGAGGAUGGUGUGCAGAGUGAGGGAAUGGACAGUGACCAUUUCAGUGGCAGUAACUCAAGCUUCCUGGCUAAUGAGAAGCUCAUGUCUUUGAACAGUGACCUGACAGAUGAUGACACUGACCUGAACAAUUUGCCUGAUGAGCUGGAGAUGUACUUCAAUAAGCUGGUUCCUCCUGUCAUGCAGAGAGGCAGAGUGGAAGGCCAGGAGAUCCCUUCAACUGGCCUGCCUGCUGCUGCUGCUGAUGACUUAUCAAACAUACAUUCUGCAGAGCCAGAACAGUACAGGAAUCAGUUCCCUGAUAACUAUGAUCAGGAGGACUUCAGGAUGCCUGAUGUGCGUCUGGCUGCUACAGGUAUGGACUCCUGUCCUGCCAGUGAUGAGGACACUGAGGAUGAGCUUGAGUCUGCCAGAAGGAGCAAUUCUACCAGGACACGGCUUCUACCAAGCACCUCCAGACAAUUGGUUGGAGAGAGUAAUCGUCCCAGCUUCAGGCCAGGCUUAGAGGGAGGCAGUUCUGAUGAUGAGUCUUUCAGUGGCCGUAGUGGUCCAUUCGUGUCUGGGAUCGAACACAGACGAUCUGCUGAGGGACAAGUCAUCAACCCUCCUGUUACAGGGGAUGGAGGAGGUGGGGAUGGAAGCAGUGGCAGUGAGGAAAAUGGAAACUAUGGGGGUGCUUCGACCAUUCCUCUUGCAUCGACUAACGUCCAGACCGCUUAUGAUGUCCUCCGUGGGCUUGGGAUUGUGGGUAGCAGUGCUGCUGGUGAAGAUGAUGAUGAUGAUGAUGAUGAUCUAAAUAAUCUGGUUGUACAAGGAAGGAACAGCCUUUCCAGACACACUGAGAUGGGUGACCGGGUAGGUCCUGUGGGAACAGGGGAGGCCAGCUCUUCUCAGGGGGCAUCACAGGGAACACAGAGGCUCUCUCCUGUGAACUGGAGCAUGGUGCUGGACCGACAGGAAGCACUGGAUGCCAUGGGAAGCACAGAGCCUGGGCCCUCUGCUGACCGACUGCUGGAUUCAUUGUACCUCAGGAGUGGAACUGGACUCAGAAGACCCCAGGACUUUGCAAAUGCAUCCGUCUCGCAUCUUCAAGGCACCCAGGGAAGCUUCCACCUCUCCCAGGUGCAACUCCCAGAAUGCAGUGACAUGGAUGAGGAUGAGGAUGAUGGAGAAGAUGUACCUGAUGGUGCCAGGUCCUUCUUAGGCAUAAGGGGAGGGCCUUGCGGUGACGUUACCGCUGCUGAGGCCUCGUGCAGUGAGGAUGAUGCAAAUCUCAUGUCCACCUCUUUGGAAGCCAAGUAUUUUUCCCAGAACUUCCACCAGGAACAAGAAGAUUUAGACGAGUGGAACCACUGCCCAGACAGUCUGGAACAGGAGUUUCAACAAGGUACCAAUGCCACUCAUAAUGUGGUGUACCAGAAUGAAGAGGGGCAGUGGGUGACAGACCUGGCAUAUUACUCCACCUUUGAGAAAGAGGUUGAUGAGAAGAAAUCAACGAAUGCUGGCCAGUUUCAAAAUGAGGACUUUGUCAGUGCAGAUGAUGCUUUGGAAAAGAUAGUUCAGGAUCAAGAGGUGUUUGAAAAAGAGCACCAGUUCAUACAGGAGGAGAAGAUUGAACCGGCCAACAGCAACACUACCUUUCAGAGUGACUCCUCUUGGAAGGCGCCCACCAACAGUCACAUCCUCAUGAGGGCGUCCCAGGUCUCCUCUGACUUUAAGCAGGGGGACCAGAGUUACCUGCGACUCUCUUUCGGGCAGUUUUUUGGACAGCGCUCUGAAGCCUUGGGCUGUUUGGGCAGCAUGAGUGAGGUGGAUGGAAUUAAACGGCCAUCCUUUGGUUACAUCAUCACCUCUCCAGAGAAGAGGGAACCAUUUGCCCUGAUUCACCCCACAGAGUUCUCCACUACAGACAAAUCUCCUCACAAUGAUACCAUGGAGCUCAGUGAAGCAGACCAAACCCUUAACCCAGAGGACCUGGACAAAACUCUUGAGGCACCACAUGGAAGAACAUCACCCAAAUGUGAUAUUAAUUCACAAUGCAGUGAUCUGGAAGUACAGGACCCUGCUCUUGUAUCUCCUGACCGUCAUGAGGGUUCUUGCUCUGAGUCGAGCAUGGGCAACCAAACCCUUGUCACCCCUGACAGUAAUAGCAGUCAGCUGAUGCUGAGUAUCAGCACUAUUGCUUCAGCCAUUGCUGAUGCGUCUAUCAGCACUGACCCAUCACAGCUGGCUGCCAUGAUCAUGGAGCUCUCCAAGAGGAGUAAGGCAAGGAAGCAGAUGUCUGCUGAGUCUGCUGGAGCUGCUGUCAGCAGCACAGAAGAACCUCUUUCUCCUAAUCACCCAGAACAGAGUGCCUUGUUGGAGCAAAGCACCCAUGUUGGAGAGUAUAGUGCCUUUGACAUGGAGAAGUACUUGAAAAUGGCUGAUGUGUCCACCACCAGUGACGCCUCUUUGGCACACACUACCUUUGACCUGACUAGAUGGGCUGACUACCUCAGUCGGAAAGAACCUCAGUCAGGCUACCCAGAGGACCAGAAAAGCAUGUCGAUGGAGAGUGAGACUCAAAAAAGGCCUCCUGCUGUGUCCCAUUCAAAUGAACCGUCACCAGGUAACAAGGUUGAAUCAAAAAGAAGCUCGAUUCCUUGUCCUCGAACAUCUAUCAGCUCUUGCAGUAGAUCUGUGGGAUCAGGGCAGUCUUCCACACUCGAACCCCCUGCAGACAAACUGGUAGCUUUUGAUAAUACCACUUCUGCCACCAAGACUCGUACUUCCACAGGCAGGACUCCUACAGAAACUGGAAUAAGGCCAGGGGAUCAAAACCUCCCUGCAGCCGCACCUUGCCGGCCCAAAACCUCCCCAGGAAGAAAGAAAGGACAGUCCAGCUUGCCUAGCCUUAAAGGUCAUUCUCCCCCGACUCAGAGGGUGAAAAGAGCAAGCCAGCAGCAGGACAGACACAGUAUUUCUCCAGAGAAGAAAUCACCACCCAGAAACAUGGCAGCUACUCCACUACCAUGUAGUUCAGUGGAGAAACAAGUUGGCUUCUCUUACCAAAACAUCCAACCUCCACAAGACACUGCAUUUGAACUCCCAAAGGCUUUUCCAGAGCCUUGUGUGGAGGACACGCAGUAUAACUUCAGACCGUCCACCUCUCCACUCACCCACUCCUCUCCAAGUCAGACCUCCAUUCCCAGUGCUAAUGGUAUGGUGUCACCGUCUUCGUCCAGUGGAGGUUUAGCAGACAAACGUCCAUGUCUUGACCUCUCUUCUCAGUCUACCUGCUCCAGCCCGAGUCUCAGCAGGCUCACGUACAUCUCGAUGAAUGAUGGCACUGUCAUACCUACACCUGAGAGACAAAAGAACAACUGUAGCAUGGCACUGAGCACCACCAUCAUCAGAUUUAGUCCAACUCCACCUGUGGAACCAGAUGAACAGUCUAACCUUGAUAAUCCAUCCCUGCCUAAAAGCCUGGACCAGGUGCAACCACAGCACUCUAAAAGUCUGGACCCGCUACCAGCAUCACAGUGUAAAAGCCCAGAUCCCCCCCGCAGUGGUUCUGUUCUGAGCUGUACUCGCAGUCAGAGUGAAUGUAACUACCACUGCCCUGGGGACAGAACUAGUGAUCUUGCAGCUGGUUGCAGGGCCCACAAACAUUUCUCUGAAUCUAAUGUAAGGCAGCUCACUAAAGUGGACUCGGGCUAUUGUAGCAAUCUGAACAUUCAACAAACUAGAAACAUCACUGCUCCAGAGAGCUCCCAGCAAUGGGGAGUUGUCAGCUCUGCCCCUUCUUCUGCAUAUGCCAGUGGCCUUGGCAUUCCUCCAUCCUACUCUGAGGGAUUUCACUAUGUGCCCAUCCCCAGCUUUAAGCCUCAGUGUGCUGGCCUCACUGACCUUCCUCACCAAGGAGACAUGCAGUCCCUCCUUACUGGACGCCCCCUCUACAACUCCCAGCUGCCUCUGCAGUAUUUGGGAUCUGAAGUUCCAUUACAUCCCAGUGCUUAUCCUGUAGGAGCAGCAGGCAAUGGUCUCUACAGUGUGCCCUCUACAGGGCCUCUGGGCAUUUCUGCAGCUGUUGGCUCUCAUCAGCUCUCCAGAGCCCAUCAGAACCAACAGGACAUUGCACGAAUGGCAAAACCCUACAGUCACUUUGAUACAGAGCCACUGGUGACGGGUGGACUAGAUGAUCUGAGAGGCCAAGUGGUUGUACCAGGGGAGCUGAGCUUCCCUCAUGCCUGUUGUGUAGGCAUCGCUUCACAGACCUCCCUCAGCCUCUUCAACCCCUCUGAGAGAUGGCAGCAAGUGUCAAUCACUGUCACUAGCCUGGCUAUUGAUGGAGAGAAGGUGGAUAGCUUGCCUUAUCAGUGGCUGAUGGUAAAGAACAAGACGAUCAUUGGGCCAAAGGGUACAGAGGAGCAGAAGGUGUUGUUCAUACCACCACAGCCUGGUGUUUACCAGUGUGUCCUCAGUGUUUGCUCGUGGCCUGCGUCUGCUCAGACUGAGGUGGCUGCCAGGGCUUCUAUCUUUGCUAAAAGGGUGGUGUUGGUUGCCAUAGCAGAGAAUCCUACAAUCGAGGUGGAGGCAAGCAAAACUGGCUUUUUGGAUUUUGGAGACCUUUCUGGUGGCAGCGUCAAAUCUCUUCCUCUCAGACUGCUCAACAAGACUCAUGCCACAGUUCCCAUCCGCCUGGUCAUCAGUGCAAAGGCUACAGCGUGGCGAUGUUUCAGCUUUUCCAAGCACCCUGGUACCAUGACACAUGAAGCAGCACAGCAGGGAGGACACAUGACCCCAGUGUCUUCCCCCUCAGUGAUGAGUCAUGUGAUGCCUGCCAGCUAUGGAGAGGAUCCACCAAGCUUUGUGGUCUGGGUGCAUUUUAAAGCUCCUGAGAAGUACACAACUUCAGGAGAACUUGGUCCGGCCGAUGAGUAUGUUGCUCGAGUGGACAUUGAACUGGACUCUCCUGGUCCGAGUCAUGUCAUUUGGAGCAUUCCACUCAGCGCCAGGUCUGGAACCGCAAGGGUCCAUGCUCCUAAAGACCUGCAGACUCUGAGCCUGUCAACUCCACUGGGUAAAUCCAUUAAACAGACUUUGCCAUUGAAAAAUGCCGGAAACAUAAAUGUGCAGCUGAAAAUUAAGAGCAGUGAUGUCGAGGGCUGUUUCUGUGUUACACCUGAGGAGCUGUUGCUGAGAGAAGGAGAGGAACAGGAGAUCACUGUUUCCUUCAAAGCGCAAGACAACAGAAAAUGCAGAGAGAGUCUUCUCACCAUAUUGGUGUUGCCAUCAGGCCCUCAGUAUGAGGUAACCCUGAAAGGAGAAGUUGUCCCGGAGGAUUGUGGGAAAGCCACCAUUCCCUCUGCUGCUGUCCUUGGUCCUGGUCAGGCUAAAGACAUCCCACCCAUUCUGUCAAAUAAACAGUUCUUAGCUUGGGGAGGAGUCACUCUGGGACGAGCUAUCCAACAGAAGCUGGUUCUAAGGAACAAUUCUCCCACUGCCACACAGCAGCUACGGUUGCUUAUUCGUGGUCAAGACCAGGACUGUUUUCAGCUCCAGAGUAUGUUCAGCCCAGAAGAGCGUCUGACUCGUCAUGGCGAGCUAUCCAUCCGUCCCAGGGAGGAUGUGGCCAUACACCUGCUCUUUGCUCCCACCAGAGUGGCCUCCAUGUUGGCCAAGCUGGAGAUCAAACAGUCGGGGGUCCGACCUUCACAGCCUGGGGUCAAAUUCACUAUUCCACUGUCAGGUUAUGGUGGGACCAGCAACAUCAUCCUGGAGGACCAGAGGAAACGGGCAGACAGCUAUGUCGCAACAAUGACUGACAUCGCAGUCGGUCGUGUCAGCAAAGUGUGUCUGUGCGUGAGGAACACAGGCUCUAGGGCGGCCUUCGUCAAAGCUGUGGCCUUUUCUGAUGUGCAGACGCGAUCUGUUUUGGAGCCGUCUGUCAUCAGCCUGGCGCCCUCACAGUUUGUGCUGAAGGAAAGGACACAAGAGGUGAUAACUGUGCUCAUGAAGUCCACACAAAGAGAACAGAGCCUGUGUCAGUCAGCCAAUACACUGCUGGCUACAGUCUGUCUGUUCUGUGGAGAUGAGGUCUCCAGGCAGCAAUACAGGAGAUUGCUUCAGAACAAACCAGAGGCUGCGCAGAGGGCUCUGUCUGAGAACAGUCUGCUGAAAAACAUCGACUUCAAUGAGAAGUUCCUGGGAGAAGAAAAUGUUACAGAGACCUGCGACUUGCCCCAGCGGCCGAAUGAAGCCCAUAUCUUCUUUGGCAAUAUGAGUAAAGUGGUGGUGUCUUUGCUGGGAAGUACAAAAAGCACAGACUGUGAGGAGGGAGACGACAUGGAACUGCAGCUGCCCUCUGCACAAGGUUCAAAGACGGUCAGUGGUUUGGCAAAUGGCAGCGUGUCAUUGGAUGUGCUGCCAGUCAAGGGUCCCCAGGGUCCAGCAAUGAGAGUGACUGAACCCUCCAUAAAGUCUUCAGAGCCGUUACACCGACAGUCAGAGUCCUGGACCAUCCAUCCAGAACAGCUUAUCCUCACUACUCCUACCAUCACUGGUGCAGCUGCUACCAGUCAUACUCGGAUCCAUAACAACACAUCAAGAGAGUUGAGCUUUGAUUUGUCCUGGCCUGCUCACUGCCUCACCAUCACACCUCAGCACGGAGUUAUUGAGCCUCAGUGCCAUCUGCAGAUUUUGAUCAGCCCUAACCCCUCACUAGCAAAUAAAUCUGCCCUGCUGCCAUGGAGUGGACAAGUUUAUGUCCAGUGUGAUGGUCAGCAGAAGUUUAUUAAGGUCCAGAUUCGUCAGGACCUGGCUCUGGAUGUGUCCGCAACCCCAGCAGAUGUGACGCUGUCGGCCCUGCCUCCUCACGCUGCCACUCCUGUGCCUCCUGUGGUCAGGCUCCCCACAAAACCCUUACUGUCCCUACAGAGCCCACAGACUCCUGAGACGCCUCAGGCGCUGGUGGAGAUCAACAACAGAACUAUUGUCUUCCCCACCACUCCCUCAGGGGAAACAUCAGAAGCCCAGCUGGAGGUGCAGAAUAGGGAAGUAGAAGUGAGGUGGUACCUGUCAUCAUUUGCCCCACCAUAUGUCAAGGGAGUUGACAACACAGGAGAUGUGUACCGGGCCACGUACACUGCUUUCCGAUGCUCCAGGGUCUCGGGAACUCUGGGAGCACAUGAAAAGAUGCAGGUGCCGAUCACUUUUCUACCGAGGGACAGAGGGGACUAUGCUCAGUUCUGGGACUUGGAAUGCCACCCACUGUCUGAUCCUCAUCAGAAAAGCAGAAUCCGUUUUCAAAUAUGUGGCACUGGAAUUAAGAGUGGACCGGUGGAAGGACCACAGGAAGGAGACAACACGCUAGUGAAAACGGAGACCACGGUCAAGAGCAGGAAGAGAUCUGAGGCCUCAGCAGGCAAAACCAGCCAGGAGGAGGCUGUGUGGAGAGGAGUGUAUGCUCCACAGGAUCUGUACACCUUCCCCGCCACACGAGUGGGUGAGUCCAGCACCCUGAAGGUCAGCAUCCGUAACAACUCCACCAACAUGCAUGAGCUGAGAUUUGUAAACACUAAGGAGCCAUUCUACAUCAAGCAUUCCAAAUAUUCCCUGAGAUCACAGCACUAUCUGAAGCUACCCGUCCAGUUCAAGCCCAGCUCUCCAGGCGGACACGGCGGCUUGCUGCUCAUCCAGUCAGAAACAAGUGGAAGUCUCGUUAUCCAGCUGACUGGUGAGGCAUUGCCUUGAACUCACCAGCUACCAUCCUACGCCACCCCCUCGUACUGACUGGCAGAAGGAAAAACUGCAAAAAUGCAGAGGAUCACAUAAAAAACUGGACUUGUCAUCAUAUUUGGAAGUGUGGACUGAAGCUGAUUAACUGGAAAUGACUGAGGAUCUGUAGGUAACAUUUGCCUCUAGAUAAGCCACAGGUGCCACGUGGAAAAUAAGAAUCAGUCUGCACCAGUCUGGCAUUUCAGAAGAGUUGGUGAUUAUUUUUUGCCACUUGACUCUAUUACUGGUAUUUGCCUUAUCCCUACAAUGUGUCACACAGGAGCUUUUGUUGUUGCCAGUAGCAGUACCAGUCGGGAUAUGCUGGGGAUUACUAAAUCAGUCACUCAGGAAUGCCUUUGUCUCUUGUUUGCUAACACUAUAGUGAUUUUCGUUUUUACACAGUACAUAACUGAGAAGGAGCUUGGGAAUGUUUUUGGGGUCAAAACCGAUUGAAGUCAUUUCCAUUAGUCACUAACAAAACCACUUAAGAUGGAAUAUUCCGUUUUACUUUAACCGUGUCUGUUGACAUUUCAUAGGAUUUUCUUAAUCCUGUGUGCUUGUGUGGUUUCUUCAUUCAGAUCCCACCUGCACAGUGGCCUUUGUCAGCACCAUGUGUUCACUUGUUCCACACAGACCAAUGCACUUGAUUUAGUUAUGAUCUUGGAGGCUGGUUAAUGAUUAUUAUUAUUACAUGCUUAAAGAGUUUCCUCUGGUGGAUUACUUACUUCAGCAGUUUGCCAGGCCUGCUUAGUAUGGUUACCAUGGUGAAACGCUGUUAAUUACAGUUGAAGUCAGAGAAAAUUAGCUCCCUGUUUCCUCUUUUGGCUGUGGGGCAAAUGGCCAAAAUUGCAUGGGGGUUUGGGAUUAACAUCUGUAGUGGUUUUGUGUAGCUGGAGGGUUUAAUUUCAUGUGAGAUGUUGUGUUAACCUUUUUUAUAUGACAACAUUCUGGAAAGAGAGCACUAGUGUAGAGGAUUGUUUUCAUACACGUACAGCACAUUUUAAUAUGAAGGCAGUGUAUUGUUAAUGGCUGCCCUCUUCAUGCCCGGACAGCUAUUCUAACAUACUUUGAUUUACAAUUUGCACAUGUUUAAAUAGCAUAAUAUUGUAAUAUAUUGUUUGUACACAUUUUAAAUAAAACUUGUAAUAAAUA